UGUCACCGCCUUUUUAUGAUGUCCCGGCCGGUGCAGCAGCUCGUGCAGGCUGAAGGCGAGAGAGGAGCUCCAGAUGGAGUUGGUGCACGACGGGAGUGGAGCCGUGGCUCGUGCUACAGACUGGAAAGGCUGCCUCGCACUGCCUUGAUGAACCCGACCUGGUCCCGCACACAGCGCAGCAGCCCGUCAUGGGGGACGGCGGCGCGUCCUCAACGGUGAACUUCCAGAAUGUCUCGGGGAGCGGCGCGUCGGACGCACCGGGCUCCGCCGCGUCCGAGCAGUGGAUGGCGGGGAUGAGCCUGGUGAUGGGUUUGAUCGUCCUGUGUAUCGUGUUCGGGAAUAUCCUGGUCAUCAUAGCCAUAGCCAGGACGCAGAGGCUGCAGACGCUCACCAACGUGUUCAUCGUGUCGCUGGCGAGCGCGGACCUCAUCAUGGGGCUGCUGGUGGUGCCGUUUGGCGCUGCGCUCGAGGUGCGCGGCUCCUGGCAGUACGGCUCCUUUUUCUGCGAGUUCUGGAUCUCCGUGGAUGUCCUGUGCGUCACCGCCAGCAUCGAGACCCUGUGCGUAAUCGCCAUAGACAGGUACGUGGCCAUCACCUCGCCUUUCCGCUACCAAAGCUUGUUAACCAAAGCUCGGGCCAAAGCGGUGGUGUGCAUAGUCUGGGCUAUUUCUGCGCUGGUGUCCUUCCUGCCCAUCCUGAUGCACUGGUCCCGGGACAGUGUGGACACAGCCUGCUACGAGGACCCCGAAUGUUGCGACUUUGUCACCAACAGGGCUUACGCCAUCUCCUCAUCCAUCAUAUCUUUUUACAUUCCCCUACUGGUCAUGAUAUUUGUUUACGCCCGCGUAUAUAGAGAGGCAAAAAAGCAGCUGAGGAAGAUCGACAAGUGUGAGGGCAGGUUUCACAACACCUUAACCGGACUGACCUCCAAGUGCAAGAAGAGGCCGUCUAAAAUCCUGGCGCUCAGGGAGCAGAAGGCGCUCAAAACGUUGGGCAUCAUCAUGGGGACGUUCACCCUGUGCUGGCUGCCUUUCUUUAUAGUCAACGUCGUGCGGGUGUUUUGCGCAGAGGUGGUGGACAAGGACCUUUUCGUGUUCCUAAACUGGCUCGGGUACGUGAACUCGGCGUUUAACCCAAUCAUUUACUGCCGGAGCCCGGACUUCAGGAAGGCUUUCAAGAGACUGCUGUGCUGCCCGAGGCAAGCCGACCGCAGGCUGCACAUCAGCUCCUGCGACCUGUCCCGGUGCUCCGGCGGGUUCGUCACCGCUCUGGAGCCCGGCACAUUGGGGUUGUGGUCGGACUGCGCCGGCUUGGACAACAGCGACAGCAGCCUGGCGGGGACCGUAAAGCUCACUCACUCUCACUCCGAAUCACAGCUGUGAAGGAAAAAAAAAUAAAUAAAAAAAACUUUUGUUCAGGUGGAUUACAGCAGCCUGGAAAACAGAUGGUGACAUAAAACGGGCGUUGACUCCUUGAGCAUGGGGUUUCUCUUUGGCAAAGGUAUGCGCAAGAGCCGUACCUUAUAGUCUAAGUGGAGCCCUUUUUAUAUCUGCAUCGGAGGAGCGAAAUUACCAGAGAUGUAUUUGAAAGCCAUAUUUUUAAAAAGGGGCCCCAGGGCCAUUGUUAUUUCAAAGGUUCCUAAAUUUUCUCCAGGGCAGUUCAGCGCUGAGGAGAUGAUCCAAUUUGCCAAAUAAUAUCGAGCCUAAAAAGGUAGAUAGAUGGAUCUGAUAAAUCAUAAUGGGUGCAUGCACUUAAAACAGGAUCCAGAGCGCACGCAGGCUCCUGCGGUUUAUAUAAUUUCUUAUUUUAUUGAAUCAGCAGUUCAGUAUUGAGGAGGACAAUCUAUCUACAAUCUAUGUGGGUAUCCUAUUAA